UGAGACGAACGAUUUUUUGCUGUCCUUCCGGCAUUCUGCGGUAAUCAGUAAAAAAAAAUUUCUAUUUACGUUUAAUGAAGCCAGUGAGUCGCGAAAAACUUCAUUAACAUAAUCUACAUAAUAAACUCUUAAUUAAAAAAUUAUUUAUAUUUUUAAAUUUAAACCAAAUCAACUUUUUUUUUUUUUUGCUAAUGGAAGUUUAAUUUUUAUCGGGUGUGAAUUGUUCUAACAAAUUAUCAAUGGGUGAUAAGGAAAAAUUGGUGGCAUUGUCAGAAAAAAUGACUCCCAAUUCACCAGAUUGUCUGAUGAGUUCAAAACUUACAAAUUCAUCAGCGAAACAAUCCAACAAGAUGCAAAAAUUACAUUUGUUCUUAAUUGUUCUUUUGGUAUUGGGUUCACUUUGGACCGGAUAUUUAAUUUACGAUUCAUAUAAAGGCUUGAAAAUAAUCGAAAAGGACUCGGAAGAAAUUGAAAAAAUCCGUAGUACAAUACAUGAAUUACGGAAGAAGAUAAAAGAAUCACUUAAUCCACCGAUCGAUGAAUUUGAUAGCAAUGAUGACGACCCGGAUUUUUCAUUCGUGAUGAAGCGUAAUUCUGACAAUGACCGCUAUCGAGUAGGAUCAACAGAUCGUUUGAAACGUGACGCAGCAGAAAUUCCAAGUGGUCAUGAAAUGGGAAGCGGUAACAAGAAACGUGAAGUCGAAGGGAGGAAUUUUUUGAAUGCCUGUGAUGAACGUCGUGAUCAUUGUACUACUCUGUUGAAUUUAAUUGGUUAUAAUAUAAAAGCAGCUGAAAACGCUCUGCUUAAUAUUAAUAAUGUGUUACAAAAUUUACAUUUAAUGAAUUCACGGGCACAGGAUUUGGUUUUAUGUCUACAGUGUCAACAGUACGAGCAGAGUAACAUGAUAUCUUAUCAAAAAAGUCAAAAUCCUUUCAAUUCUUAUAAUAAUCAAAAUUUUUACAAUAAUCCAAAUUUUCAAAAUUAUCAAAAUAACCCUAAUCCUAAUAAUUAUCAAAAUUUUCAAAACAACCCUAAUCCUAACAAUUAUCAAAAUUUUCAAAAUAAUCAAAAUUUUCAAAAUAACCCGAAUCCUAACUAUUAUCAAAAUUUUCAAAAUAAUCAAAAUUUUCAAAAUAACCCUAAUCCUAAAAAUUAUCAAAAUAAUCAAAAUUUUCAAUUUAAUCCUUAUCCCAACAAUAAUCAAAAUUUUCAAACAAAUCAAAAUUCUAACGUUUAUCCAAAUAUUCAAACUAAUCAAAAUUCCACUGAUAAUUCAAAUCUCAACAAUACCAAAAUUAAUAGCAAUUUUAAUAAUGACACCAAAAAUAGUGAAAACCAAUCAAAUGAAACUUUAUUAAAACCUACGAAUGAAAAUAAACAAAAAAACCAAAAUGAGAUUCAAACAAUCGUACUAUCAUCAAAAACGAACAUCAGUAAAAUUCAAGACGGAGCGAAAAUAACUGAAGUUAUUCGGAAUCAAACAAUAGUAGAAAAACCAGUGGACAACCCACGAUCAAUAUCGGCCCAGAAAGAUGAACCUACAAGAUAUACAAUCCCAUUCACAGCAUUUAAAUCACGAGAGUAUGAAGACAAUAGAGACAGUAAUUAUUUAGAUUCAAGUCCAUCGGAGAGAAUGACCACGCGCGACACCAAAGACGACAAGAAAAUAGAUAAGCAAGAUAAUGACCAAGGACAAUCUGGUCUAGUUACCGAGGACCCUUCGGUAUUGAAGACUCUAGAGCGCGCUUCAACAAAUAAUCAAAUUAAUCCACGAAUGAUGUUUACACAAGCCCAACAAAAUCAACAAAGACAACAAAGUCCGUCUAUUCCAACUGCUGAGACCAUGAUAGUCAAUGACUUUUCAUCCUCCAAUAAGUUACCGCCUGUUGUCUGUUACUGGCCAACGAUGUGCUACUUUAGACCGGAUUCGUCCCAUCAGCAGCCAGCUCCGAUGUUUCCCUCUGAAUCAGCAGUAGUCAAUUCAUUCCAAUCAGCUCCAGAUUCUAAUUCAUGGAGAUCUCCAGCAAAUGCAAAUCAAAAUUUGGCCGAGGCUCUGAAUAACUUUUUUCCAUCCGGCAUGCCUUUGACUUCUCCACAAAUGGCUAAUCAGCAACACAUCGGUCCUACUGGACCUGGUGGGAGUUAUCCCGGUCGUGACUUUGCAAGCCAAUUUCCCAUACAAUGCUCUUACGUUCCUCAUAAUAACAAUAAUCAAGGAAACUACGGGUAUCGGACUGCUGAUAACCAUGAGCGCAACCAAUCCAUUCCCCUGAUGAAUCUUAAGAAACCAGGAGCAUUGGAGUGUCCAAAAAAUUACACAAAGUGUUCCGACAAAAGCAGAUGUAUUCUAACUUCAAAUUGGUGCGACGGAAUCGUAGACUGCGCAGAUGCCAGCGACGAAAUUGCCUGCACAUGCAAAGAUAGAAUAACUGCUGGUAAACAUUGCGAUGGAUAUUUCGAUUGUCCUCGCGGUGAAGACGAGCUCGGCUGUUUCGGAUGCGGUAAUGAUUCAUUCAGUUGCUUAGACUGGACCAAAAGAAAUUUCAAAGGAAAUUGUGUUCCAUUGUCUGAAAGAUGCGAUGGUAUCCGACAAUGUCAGACUGGAAGAGAUGAAAUGGAUUGCACUGUACUUACUGAAUCUUACAUUAAUCAAGAUGAUAUAUCGACCAUUGGACACUCGUCGGGGUAUCUGUUCAAAAACUGGCACGGAAAAUGGUACCCAGCUUGCACAUCAACUGACCUUUGGGCCGACGAAGCCUGUCGCGGUGAAAUAGGAUCGCUGAUCAAUGACCCGAAGAUCAACAGCGAGCCCGUGCUUCGUGGGCACAAACUCGGUCCCUAUAUUUCAAUGUCAGAGACCGGAAAAGUCGAAUUGGUACCAGAGUGUGAUAACAAAGCUGUCUUCGUAAAAUGCCCAUCUAUCCCAUGUGGAACGCGGCUGACUGACCAAUACGACCAAUUCAAAUCCUAUGGAGUUUAUGAGGACACACUUGUAGCUUCGGUCCAUUCAGUCCAAGGAAACGAAUCAACAGAACCACCAGCAACCACAGGUCCUACUUUAGACACUUGGGACUUGAGUGGCAUCGGAGCUAGAACUCCUACAGGCGGAAGAAUCGUUGGAGGUCGUGCUAGUCAACCGCAGGCUUGGCCAUUUCUCGUAGCGAUUCAUCGCGAUGGAUAUUUUCAUUGCGGUGGAGUUGUUAUUAAUGAAAAUUGGGUACUGACUGCUGCGCACUGCGUUGAUAACCACCACAGUCAUCAUUACCAAAUUUUUGCUGGGCUACUAAGACGCUUCUCAUUUUCUCCAAUGGCCCAAACACGGCAGGCCAAGUUCAUUGUGCCUCAUCCUGAAUACGUCAGCCGCACAAUGACAAACGAUUUGGCGUUAAUAAAAUUGAAUGAACCGUUGAGAUUUAAUCGGUGGAUUCGUGCCACUUGUCUUCCCAUACCCGCAUGGGGAAGUAUUCCACGUGUCAAUGAAACCUGUACUACCAUUGGAUGGGGCGCCACCGUCGAACAUGGGCCUGAUCCUGAUCAUUUAAGAGAAGUCGAAGUACCGAUUUUAUCUAAAUGCAAACGUAGACAUGAUCAAAGCAAUGGAAUUAUUUGCGCUGGUUUGAGUGAGGGCGGGAAAGACGCGUGUCAGGGUGACAGUGGAGGUCCACUGAUGUGCAAUGUACCAGAAUCUCAAUCUAGGUGGUACGUUGCUGGAAUCGUGAGCCAUGGAGAAGGUUGCGCCCGUCCUAAUGAACCAGGAGCUUACACCAGAGUCAGCUAUUUUUAUCCAUGGAUCAAUGAAACCAUCAAUCUCGACCAUGAACCUUUUGGGCCGAAACCUCUGGCCAAUUGUCCUGGGUUCAAAUGCAAUGGAGAAGGCGGCAAGUGUCUGCCAUUACGAAGACGGUGUGAUAAAAAAGUUGAUUGUUUGGACGCUGAAGAUGAAACCGAUUGCUACCAUAUUGAUAUCCCGGUAAGCGAAUCCCCGUUCCGAGUUUCAGAUAACAGAGAAAUUUACGAGACUACUCCUGAUGGUGUAGUUGAAGAAGUUGCUAAAAAAAGUCAUAAUAAUCCGGAAGCCGGCGUUAAACCGCGAGAUAAUAAAACAGUUGAUGAUAAACCGGAAACCCCGAAUUAUGGAGAUGAAAAAAAAUUAGAUAAUAAAGAUGAGAAGAAGGAAAGUAUAAUUAGAUUUGCAACCACGCAAUUUGCGCUUAAUAAUGAAGACGUUACAGAUGGAAUCACAGAAGUGAUGGAUAAAGUAACGGAAAGUAGCAAUGGUGAUUAUGGUUAUUAUGGCGCAGCUACAGAAAUAAAUCCUAGAGUACCGGAUAUUGAUGUAAUGGAUAAAAAUAAAAAAACUUGGAAAAUCUCGGAAAACGAUACGACUUUUUUUUGUACUGAUAUAUCGCAAAGUGUUAUCUGGUCCAACAGGUGCGACAAAAAAUUCGAUUGUCAAGAUGGAACGGAUGAGUUCGAGUGUACUUGCAGAGACACUUUGAUGCUGCAGCAUCGGCUAUCGAUCUGCGAUGGGCGCAUCGAUUGUGAGGAUCAAUCUGACGAAAUUGAUUGUGGUUUUUGUGCUGAAGAUCAAUAUUUGUGCGUAAGAAGUACUACUUGCAUUCCUCUAACAAAAAGAUGUGAUGGUAAACAAGAUUGCCCGUUACACGACGAUGAAAAAGAUUGUUAUGCGUUAACUGAUGGAGAAACUAUAGAAUUAGACAUAGACAGCAACUCUGUAUUAAGGCACAGUGGAGUCUUAUCAAUAAAUGUUAAGAACACUUGGAGCAUCAUGUGCGUCAAUGCGCGGGGUUCCGAUGAGAAUGAAAGACUCAUCGCUGAUAAAUUCUGUAGCUUCGUCGGCUUACGCACACAUAAAUCAAUAGCUAGAUAUGAUUACUACAACAAAACAUUAGAGGUUGAACAAAAUGUUGACGAACGCAAUCCGCGGAAGUUCGACACUGUUUCAAUAAAUAAUCUCCUUAAAGCAAAACCUGAUAAACUCAACGGUAACAUGCCAUGCAGUGUUUUGUACUUGGAAUGCGAGCUUAAUUUCAAUCGGCCUGUCUAUAACUAUUUAUACAGAGAUAAUGUGAUUAAAAAUGAAACAUAUUUAGUGCCAUGGGAAGCCGCGAUUUUUGUUGAUGGUAAAUAUCAUUGCCCUGCAUUACUUUUGAGUACUGCUUGGGCAUUAACUACUACGCGGUGUACAAAAGAUAUUGAUUUUGUAACGAAUAUUACAAAUAUUAUGGCUGGUUUAUCGGUACCAUAUAAAUAUGUAGAUGGUCCUCAUCAAGAUAUCAGAACCGUCCAUAAUAUUCAACAGUUACAGUUUAAAAUGGCUUUGCUACAUUUUGAUGAUUUACCCAUCACUCAGUAUAUACAACCGAUAUUCAUUAACCGACGAACUUUCCCUCCUUUGGGAGACCAAUGCCUGGCAACUGGCGUCGAUACUAAGUUCAACAAAAUAAGCACAGGGUUUGAGUCAGUCAAGGAAAAUUGCCCUUCUUGCAGCCGAUGUUUCAAAAAUACAUUGAGAAAUUUCUGUCCUAAAAAUGGGUCUACUGAAAAUUGGAGUGGUUUUGUAGCUUGUCAAAAUUCAUAUGGAUGGUAUCCAGCCGCUGUUUUUGAUGAAAAAGACAUAAUGUGUGGAUUUACUGAACCACAGGCAUUGACUGGAAUUGAUGAGAUGUAUCCUCAUAUAGUAGAAGUAAUGGAAAACAAAUACGAAGAGAAUCAAUUUGGUAAUUGUCAUGGUGUCCUCUGUUCCUCGGGUCUAUGCGUACCGUUUACGCAAGUCUGUGACGGUAUCCGACAUUGUCGAGAGGGUUUGGAUGAAAGCAUAGAAAAAUGUAACACCAAGCGACAUUAUUGCUCGGCUUUUCCCUACGAUUUGCCGGACAUUGCGUGUGGAUGUUCUGCAAGUCAAUUGACCUGUCAAACCGGGCAUUGUUUAUCUAAAGACAAAUAUUGCGAUGGGUUUGACGACUGUGGCGACGGCAGUGACGAACCACCAGGCUGCGGUUGUAGAGAUUACUUGCAAUUAACGGCAGUGCACCGCAUUUGCAAUGGAGUUCGUGAUUGUCACGACAAAUCUGAUGAAGCUCAAGAAGUUUGCGGGUGCUUGCCAGGAAGUUACAAAUGUUCCAAUAGUACCAAACCUGAUGGGGAUGAUUACUGUUUGCCCUAUGACUUAGUAUGUGACGGGGAACGGGAUUGUCCGAAUGGAGAAGACGAGAAUCUGUGCAGAAGAAUAAAAAGUGUUGAUGAGCCAGUUGGCACGGGGAUUGUAUUGAAACGUGCAUAUGGAAUCUGGUUCGAAGAAUGUUUUCCAUAUUUAGUUAACACCCAUGAGCAGUCCAAUGACAUUUGCAAGUCGAUGGGCUACGAAAGUGGGAAACUUUUGGACCCAGUGGUUGAAACAAAAUACGGAAAGCCGCUGACAAUACGAGUAGAAGAAUUUUAUUCUCUAGAUGUUAAUGGAUUAACUACGAUUGUUCUCAAAGAUGACAAACCUACAGCAACUAUUAUACCUCAGCUUGAUCAAUGUCAUCGGGCUUACGUCGAAUGCAGCGCAUAGAAUCCUGUCACUUAUUCAAGGAUCAAUUGCUUUUUUAUAUUUUAUUUACUUUCACCGUAAUGAUUCCCACCAUUUUAUGGCAUUCGUUUUUUUUUAUUCACAUUUUGUAAUCAUUUUUUUUACUAUUUCCAUUGACUAUAUACUAAUCAUUAUAUAUAUUUAAAUAUAUGUCAUAUAAAUUUAUGUCAUUAAUUUUUUUAUCAAAUCUAAAAACAGCCGAAUUAAUUUUAAAAUGACGUUAUUGGCAAAACUAUGAACUUUAGAGAAAAAUGUUUCGAAUAAAAAUUGUAGGAAAUUUUAUUUCCUACAAAAAAGGUCCUUUGACUUAUUAACGUAUCUCUGAUAGUUUCAAAGUUAUAGAUUAAUUAAACAAAAAAUCAAUUAAUUUAAAAAUAAUGUCUAAAUUAACUUUCUUACUUUAAGUGGCAAUUACUCUAAAAUAAUUAGACGUACGUAAAAAUGUCACUUGACCUUUUUUGUAGAGAAUUUAAUCAGCUACUAAAUUGCUCUCAUACAUUUUUGUCAUAUCUAUGCUAGUUUAGCAGGAAUUUGAAUUUUUUUACAAACCUUUCAGAUUGAAAAUUUACAAAUUAACAUUUUUUUUUAAAAAUUAACUAACGCGGCAAAAUACUUCAAGUUAUCAAUAAAAAGUCAAUAAAUAUUUAUAUUGAACUUAAUUGAAUAAUAAAACAUCAUAUAUGUAAACAAGAUGAUGUAAAUAAGAAAUAUUUGCUUGAAUUAGUCACCUGAGAAUGUGAACGGUCAUAGAACAUUGUAUAUAAAUAAAUAAAUUUAUACAUAUAUGUACGGCAAUGUAAGUAUAAGUAUGUAAUAAAUAUACAGUAAAAGAUUU